AUGGCAAACCCGGACCCUGACGAAUCAGCCUCUCAUGGCGUUUCCACGCAGAUCAAUUCUAACUUAGCCUAUCAGCAACAUUUUGAGAUCGCCCACCCAGAAUCUGGUAUAGCAUCUGUUUCGUGUGGACAUCUCGCAAGCAUUAAUGACGAGGAAAAGGCUAAGGAAAUUGCCAACGAGGAUCUACAAGCUUCUCGAAAGCAGACCUAUUCUGGUGUUGUCUUAAUUUGGCUCAGUUUUCAGGCUACCGGUGUCAUAUAUGGCGAUAUUGGCACGUCGCCGCUCUACGUGUACUCAUCCACAUUUUCGACACAGCCGUCGUGGAGUGACCUUGUUGGAGCACUAUCUAUAAUCAUCUGGGCUCUCACGUUAAUUGUCACGCUUAAAUACUGUUUCAUUGUCUUACAUGCUGACGAUGAUGGACAAGGUGGCACCUUUGCGCUUUACAGCCUCCUCACAAGAUAUACCCAUAUUGCCCAUCGUGAUCCCAAGGAAGCUGCCGGUAUUCGCAUGAAGAGAUAUAAUACCAACGAUCUCAAGCUUGGUGGCAAGAGUCUUAGAGGGUUUCUCGAACACUCGAAGAUCUCUCAGUUCAUCCUGCAAUUCGUCGGCGUAUUAGGGGUCUCAAUGGUCAUGGCAGACGGUGUUCUUACACCCGCUCAGUCCGUCCUCGGAGCCAUUCAAGGCAUCAAAGUAGCCAAUCCAAAUCUGGGGACGUCUGCUAUUGUGGGCAUCUCUUGUGCCAUCUUGGUCGUUCUCUUCUUGAUUCAACCGUUCGGGACGGCAAAAAUCGGGACCACGUUUGCACCGAUCGUCACUAUUUGGCUUCUGUUCAACUUCUGCGCUGGAAUUUACAACCUCUCGGUCCACGACUACACCGUCUUAAAGGCAUUUAGCCCCCAUUUCGCCUUCGAAUACUUGAUUCGCAAUGGAUCAGAAGGGUGGAAAUCCCUUGGGGGGCUUCUUCUUGCCUUUACAGGUGUUGAAGCUCUGUUUGCCGAUCUAGGGGCGUUUAGCAAGCGCGCGGUGCAGAUUUCCUGGCUGUGUCUAGCAUAUCCAUGCUUACUGUUGGCGUAUAUCGGACAAGCCGCUUAUAUAUCAACUGACAAGACGCAAACCGCGUAUCAAAAUCCUUUUUUCAAUACCGUUCCUCCAGGAAGCUUUUACUUCAGCAUUGUUAUUGCCGUGCUAGCUGCAAUUGUUGCUUCACAAGCCAUGAUUACAUCAACUUUUCAACUGCUUACACAAAUUAUGAGGUUAUCCUAUUUUCCUCACAUCAAGGUUGUCCACACAAGUCGAUAUUUUCAUGACCAGGUGUAUAUGCCAAUGGCUAAUUGGCUUCUGAUGAUCGGGACCAUCGUCGUCACUGCAGUAUACAAUAAUACUACCUCUCUUGGAAAUGCAUAUGGUGUCUGCGUCAUCAGUGUUACAUUUAUUACGACCUGUAUGGUUGCCCUUGUUGCCAUACUUGUGUGGAGAUUGCCCACCUAUGUAGUUCUCCCUAUCUGGCUUGUCUUUGCGACCCUCGAUGGAGCAUUUCUUUCGUCCGUAUUUGAAAAAGUGCCCGAUGGUGCCUGGUUUACGCUUAUGUUAGCCUUCAUCCUCGCUUCAAUUUUUACCCUCUGGCGCUUCGGCAAGGAAACACAAUGGAGGGCUGAGUCGAAGGAUCUUCUGGCACCGUUUUCACUUCUGGAUCCAGGCCAAACUUCCGUCUUGGGCUGCUCUUCUUCCACUGCUUUAAAACCCGCUUUUGGUGGCCUCCCCAUAUCGACAGUCCCAGGGCUGGGGAUCUUUUUUGACAAGGCUGGCGACCCAACUAGCCUGCCGCCUUGCUUUGCCGAAUUUGUCAAGAAGUUCGCAGCACGACCAGCUGUCGUCAUCUUUUUCCACAUGAGGCCGUUAUCUAAGCCGUCAAUUCCGCUGAAUGAGCGGUACAUUGUCACCCGCAUGGCAGGGCUGGCUGGGUGCUACAAUGUUACUCUGCGACACGGUUAUGCAGAUGACGUGUUGCAUCCCGAUAUGGCCCGGGAGCUCGUAAGCCAAGUUGAACUUGCAAUUUCACGCGUUCAAUCGACAAACAAUUCGAACGCUGAGUUGCAAAAUCUGCGAUCAGCCUAUAGUGCGCAAAUGGUGUAUAUUCUCGGCAAGGAGGUUAUGAAAAUCCGUUCGAUAAGGAGCAGAAUUUCUCCUUGGGGCUUUAUUCGUCACUUACUCUUAUGGGUAUUUCUCUGGAUCCGGGAGAACUCUCGAGCUAAGCUGGCGGACCUUGAUAUUGAUGCAGAUAAACUUAUCGAAGUUGGCUUUGUAAAGGAAAUCUAA